AGAGGUAACUUAACCCGUCGUGUUUGACUUUGUAGACUUCACUGACUCCCAACGCCGCAGAGAUCAAGGGUUUAUUUACAGUUCGAGUCAGAUUUAAUUGUUUUGUCAAAAUGAUGGUUUAUUCACAACUGCUAUAAGCCAUAUAAGGGUAUAACCAGAAGAGUCAAUGUCAGCAAACAGGCAAACAAGAAGCUUUGCAUCGACUCACUCGUCAAGGCCAAUGUCUUUGCUGGAGGAUGUACUGGAUGUGCUGCGCAUAGUGCUGGAGUAUUUUGGAGUCCCUCCGGAAAUGUUGCUACCGGUGUGGGCCAGUCCUCUGUGUGGACAGUAUCGCAGCAUUGUGCGAAUGAUUGGUUCCAAUCUGCCUCUCAAGCCUACGCCACGUGUUUACAUUCAGAUCCCACUCCUCAACUCCAGGCCCCAUGGAUCCUCGGACGUCACCAUGGAAACACCUGCCAUUCCAUCAUUUGCUGAUGUUCUGAACCACCUGCCACUGAAGAAGCAAAAAGCAGCGGUGGGUCGAGACGUGAGGAAACACCCAUCAAGGGGAAGCGGGCGUUUUGGAAUGAAAACAGAGCAGGAAGCGUUACAGAAGAUCACGACGCUGGAGGGCGAGUUGCUGAAGCUGCGAGCUCAGAUAGACAUGAUGAUAGCCGGGCUGCCGGAAUCUCGCAGUCCAAACAUCAUGCCGCCGGUGUUGCCUGUUUCAGCUCUCACAUCCACGCCUCGCUGUGCCCCUCCUCCGCCUCCGCCAUGUCCCAGCUCCUACGCCAACACAUCAUCCGUAGUGGAGCUGAUCCGUCAGCGCAAGUGUCAGGGAAAAAAACAGGACAAACCCACUGGCUUGACUACCAGCAGCCUCCCUUCCAUGUUGGACAUCCUCAAGGACUUGAAUCAAGUGAAAUUACGCUCCGUGGCGAGAUCACCGGGGGGCACGCCACUCAGGCCAAGGCAGAGCAAAAGGCGCGCGGCCACAAUAAACGACCCAGCAGGUCUGAUCGCCGAGGCCCUGAAGAGAAAGUUUGCCCAUCAUCGUCACAACAACUCCUCUGACAAAGAGAAUUCCCUGGAAUUCUCGCCGUGUAACAGUCCGGAAAUGCGUAAGGUUUGAUUAUUCUCGCUCAUGAUGCACACAUUCAUACACACACUUACUAAAGUGGGACACAGUCUGCUGCCUCGUGAGGAUAAGCAGUACAGAGAUGGAUGGAUGGAUGGAUGGAUGGAUGGAUAUGUUACUUGUAACAGAUUUUUAUUUUACACAUCAGAGUUUUAUUAUUUAUUCCACUGUGAUGUUCUGUGUUGGAAUAAAAGGUACGGUUCACACUGUAUUGUAAUGCCUAUUAGUGUUUCCAAAGUUUUUCUUCUCGUUACGUACAUCACGCUGACAGCAACACCAACAUUAACAGGCUCACACAUUGUUGCAGUAUCGUUGCUUGUUUGCAGGGUAAAAUGCCUAUAAAUCUUCAU